AUGGUUGAGGGCAAGCAGAGAUUUAGGAGGAUUUUUGUAGCUCUUAAGCCAUGUAUUGAUGGCUUUCUAGAGGGAUACAGACUAUCUAUAGGGAUUGAUGCUUCAUGUUUGUAUGGUAAGUACAGAGGACAGUUGGCAUCUGCAACUGGUAUAGAUGGGCACAAUUGGUUGUAUCACAUUGCAUAUGCAAUUUUUGACACUGAGAAUGAGGAAAACUGGACAUGGUUCAUGCAACAGCUGCACAUAGCCAUUGGUGAUGUUCCAAACCUUGUUAUUUGUACAGAUGCUUGUAAAGGUUUGGAGAAGGCUGUUGGAGCUGUAUUCCCAAAUGCUGAAAAUAGGGAAUGCAUGAGACACCUUUACCAGAAUUUCAUGAAGCACUACACAGGUGAUGUUUUCACUGAUCACCUAUACCCAGCAGCUAGGAGCUACACAAAAGGAAUGUUCAAAUGGCACAUGAAGAAAAUAUUUGAUUUUGCACCUGGAACAAUUGAGUAUCUUGACACGCACCAUAGUAGGUUAUGGUACAGGAGUUCUUUUUCUGAAAACAGCAAGUGUGAUGCCUUGACUAAUAAUGUGUCAGAGAGUUUUAAUGCACAAGUGAAGAAAUUCAAGGGUCUAUUGCUGCAUGAACUAGUAGACAAGUUGCGGGAGUUGAUAAUGGAGAAGAGAUACUUGAGGAAGAAACUGGCUAGACAGUGGCAUGAUAGGAUUCUCCCUAAUGUUAUUAAGGAACUUAAUCUGAUUAGCAAUCACCUGACGGUCCUCAAAGUAUCUGUAAGUGAUGAUGACAUUGCUGAAGUUACCAUUGUGGACCAAUGGAACAACCAGAAGCGCGAAACAGUAGACCUAUAA